AUGAAUGCUAAGGACGCCUUAGCAGCCAUAGAUGGGAUAGAGAAGCCCAAGGAAAAGAAGAAAGAAGAUGACCGAAGAGGACAAAAAGGGGAUCGAGUGGAUCGGCAGAAUAUUGAAGGAAGUAGAAACAGGGAUGACAAAAACCCUCGUCCAAUGAAAUUCACGCCUCUAGUGAUGCCCGUUGACCAGAUCUUGAUGGAGAUUAAGGACAAGAAAUACCUGAAAUGGCCUAGGCCAUUACACUCGUCACCCAACGUGUGCAACAAGAGGAAAUACUACCGUUUUCACAAAGAUCACGGGCAUUACAUAGAGGAUUGCCGAGACCUGAAAGAGCAAAUAGAAGAACUCAUAUGGAAGGGGAAAUUGCACAAGUACGUGAAAAGAGAAGAUUCGAGCAGGUAUAGGGACAGAGGUAGAGAUCAACAUGAAGUUUCUCAGAGAGAUGAGGAUAACAUACAACCUCGUCCACAAAGUACAAUAGGGGAAAUAAGGACCAUCACGGGGGGGCCAUCCAAGGGAAGGUCGUUCAAUUCCCUCAAGAAAUCAUACCAAAGACAGGUGAACAGUGUCCAUAGUUUGCAUCCUCUGAAACAAAGACGGGUUGACCAAGACAUGUAUUUCUUAGAAGAAGAUGCCAAGGGAGUAAAGCAGCCUCAUGAUGACCCGUUGGUCAUUAUGAUCAUGAUUGAAGGAUUCAAUACCAGAAGGGUUCUGGUUGACAAUGGGAGCUCGGCAAACAUUAUUUACCUUUCUGCAUUCCAGCCGUUCAAAGUGGACCCAAAGAAACUUCAUCUUUUUGAGUCCCCCCUCUUCAGUUUUAGUUGA